AGAAUUAAAAAAAAAACGUGUGGACGGUGAUGAGGCAUAUUAGACCUUUCACUCUCGCUCUACUUUGUUAUAUAAUUUAUUCCCUAUAUAUACACACAAAGUUUAGUCCCACUGCUAAUCAAAUCAUCAAAUCGAGCACUUCUUCUCCUCGACCCCAUUUCUCAUCUCUUCAUUCAUCACCCAAAAAAAAAAAAAAAAAAAGCCCAACACUAAAACUGUGCUACAACUAGAGAGAGAAAAAAGAGAUCAAAGAUCACAACAACAAUAAUGGCACUGGCUAAAGAAAUCAUGGGUAGGUCUAUAUUGGAACGUGAGAGUUGUUUUGUAAACAAUCAAUAUGGCUUUUGCCCGCAAAGGCGAAACCAUUUGUUAGGUGGGCGUGUUUUUGUUCAGAAUUUGCAUUUGAGAAAGUCAUUGAAGAGUGGUCCCGUGGCGGCUGUUAGUGAGGAUUUGGUACGGAGAUCUGUCCCCGCCGCAGCCAAUAAUGUUCCGGAGAAGCCCGUGAAGUUCAAGGUGAGAGCUGUGGUGACUGUGAGGAACAAGAACAAGGAAGACUUGAAGGAUACCUUGGUGAAACACUUGGACGCCUUCACUGACAAAAUCGGCAGGAAUGUCGUUUUUGAACUCAUCAGCACCGAGUUAGACCCAAAAACCAAGGGCCCAAAGAAGAGCAAGGAAGCGGUGCUAAGGGACUGGUCUAAGAAAUCUGUGGUGAAAGCCGAGCGGGUGAAUUACACGGCGGAGUUUUUGGUGGACUCGAACUUUGGCAUCCCGGGAGCGAUCACGGUCGCAAACAAGCAUCAGAAAGAGUUUUUCCUUGAGUCAAUCACCAUUGAAGGAUUCGCUUGCGGUCCUGUACAUUUCCCCUGCAACUCUUGGGUUCAAUCCACUAAACAUCAUCCUGCAAAGAGGAUUUUCUUCUCGAACAAGCCACAUUUACCAAGCGACACUCCAGCUGGGCUAAGAGCUUUAAGAGAAAAAGAGCUAAAAUUCCUAAGAGGAGAUGGAAAAGGAGUCAGAAAAUUAUCCGAUCGCAUAUAUGACUUCGAAGUGUACAAUGAUUUGGGAAAUCCAGACAGGGGAAUUGAGUUUGCUCGUCCCAUACUUGGAGGCCAAGAAAUUCCAUAUCCCAGACGGUGUCGUACUGGUCGCCCCCCAUCUGAUACCGAUAUGUAUUCGGAGAGCAGAGUUGAGAAGCCCCUGCCAAUUUACGUGCCGAGAGAUGAGCAAUUUGAGGAGUCAAAGCAGGACACAUUCAUUUUCGGUAGACUUAAAGCAGUUCUACACAACUUAAUCCCUUCGUUGAUGGCAAGCAUUUCCGCUGAGAAUCAUGAUUUCAAUGGUUUCUCGGACAUUGACAACCUUUACAGUGAAGGAGUUCUGCUUAAAUUGGGUUUACAAGAUGAACUCCUAAAGAAGCUUCCUCUGCCCAAUAUCGUUAGCAGAAUUCAAGAAAACCGUGGCAUUCUUAAAUACGACACCCCCAAGAUUCUUUCCAAGGACAAAUUUGCCUGGCUAAGGGACGAUGAAUUUGCCCGUCAAGCAAUGGCAGGGGUUAAUCCAGUCAAUAUAGAGAGGAUGAAAGUAUUUCCACCAGAGAGCAAGCUUGAUCCACAAAUUUAUGGUCCCCAAUUAGAAUCUGCACUCAAAGAAGAACACAUUAUAGGGCAACUCAAUGGCAUGACUGUACAACAGGCGCUGGAGGAAAAUAAGCUGUUUAUGGUGGACCACCACGACGUGUACCUCCCGUUUCUCGACCAAUUAAAUGCUCUUGACGGUCGGAAAUCCUAUGCCACUCGCACCAUUUUUUUCUUAACAUCUCGCGGAACUCUCAAGCCCAUUGCCAUUGAGCUCAGCCUCCCCACUGCUGGACCAAGUUCCCGGUCGAAGCGAGUUGUAACCCCUCCGGUCAAUGCCACGACCAAUUGGAUGUGGCAACUCGCUAAGGCGCACGUGUGCUCCAACGACGCCGGUGUCCACCAACUCGUGAACCAUUGGUUACGUACACAUGCUUGCUUGGAACCGUUUAUAUUAGCAGCUCACAGGCAAUUGAGUGCAAUGCACCCCAUAUUCAAGCUUUUGGACCCUCACAUGCGGUACACAUUGGAGAUCAAUGGAUUGGCUCGCCAGAACCUGAUUAACGCUGAUGGUGUGAUCGAGUCUUGCUUCUCUCCUGGACGCUACUGCAUGGAAAUCAGCGCCGCGGCUUACAAAAAUUUCUGGCGCUUUGACAUGGAAGCCCUCCCUGCUGAUCUCAUUAGAAGGGGUAUGGCCGUUCCUGACCCGACACAGCCACAUGGUAUAAAGCUUGUGAUUGAAGAUUACCCAUAUGCUAACGAUGGGCUUCUAAUAUGGGCUGCGAUUGAGGAUUGGGUCCGGACCUAUGUGAACCACUACUACCCAAACUCAAGCACGAUCUACAACGAUAGAGAGUUGCAGAAUUGGUACGCCGAGUCCAAAAAUGUGGGCCACGCCGAUAUCCGCGAAGCAAGCUGGUGGCCCACACUGGAAUGUGCUGAUGAUCUCGUGUCCAUUCUCACCACUCUCAUCUGGCUCGCGUCGGCCCAACAUGCGGCCCUUAAUUUUGGGCAGUACCCGUAUGGUGGAUACGUCCCAAAUCGCCCGCCUCUAACGAGAAGGCUAAUUCCUGAAGAAACUGACCCCGAGUAUGCUAAUUUCAUUUCUGACCCUCAAAAGUACUUCCUCUCGGCACUGCCCAGUGUGCUGCAAUCCACAAAGUAUAUGGCCGUGGUGGACACUCUGUCCACCCAUUCGCCCGAUGAGGAGUACCUCGGCGAGCGGCAGCAGCCAUCGAUUUGGUUGGGUGAUGCGGAGAUCGUCGAGGCAUUUUACGGGUUCUCGGCGGAGGUGAGGCGGAUAGAGAAGGAGAUUGACAAAAGGAACAGUGAUCCAAGCCUUAAUAAUAGAUGUGGUGCUGGGGUGUUACCUUAUGAGCUACUUGCGCCUAGCUCGGAACCAGGGGUAACAUGUAGAGGUGUUCCAAAUAGUGUGUCAAUAUAAAAGCCCUAGAGAGUUCUCUUAGGUCUCGUUAAAAAAUAUAAAGCUGUCUAUAUAAAUUUAGAUUUCUUGGGGCGAGUGGUUGAGAAAUUUGUAUCAAGGAGUUAGCCUUAGGUUUGUAUAUGAUAUAUACAGUUCAUGGACAAUUGGACAGAAUGUCAGUUAGUAUCCUAAAAAAAAAAAAAAAAA